UUCAAGCAAAAGUGAGGAUUUGAAAGGAAUGGUCAGAAAGAACAAGACAGCUGAGCUUUGUAUUCAAGGGAUAACGAGGACUAUGGAGCAGUGUCAGGAAGAGGAGAGAGACAAGGUGACACUGACAGGCAUAGCAAAGAAAGGAUGAGUAUUGACACUGAUACAGAUGGUGGGUGCAUGCACUCGAAGGUGAUAUCUGAAGGCAAUGGGAGUGGGGAGCUUGGUGGCCAGCAACAGAAGAGUUAUGACACUGAAGAUGGAAAAAGACUGUCCACUAGUGUCAGACAUAGCAAACAUGGUGAGACAAGGACAGGGAGUGAGGAACAGAUAGGGGACAACCAGAGAAGAGAAGACAGGGACAUGGAGAUGCUCCAAGAUGACACAGUGACAGAGAAGCCUCUUCAUGGAGGUGAACAUGAUAUUGAUGGAGACGAACUUGAGACAGGUAAGAAGAUGAGGAAGGAAAAAAGUGAACAUCACGAAAGUAAGAAAGAUGACCAUUUGGUUAUGAACACAAAAGGAGAAAGUGGGAAAGCUGAGAAAGAAGGUGGUGAGGCUGAGAAGGGAGAGAGUGAAGAUUUGUUUCCAACUGUUGUUGAAACCCAGAUCUCCGACAUUCCACACACAGAACAUGCUUCAUGUGAGAAAAUGGACUCUGAAAAUACAAUAGCUGAUAAAGGUAGCGAUAGGUCAGAUAAUGAAAGCAAGAAAGUGUCCAGAGAUGAAGCAGAAAAUGAUAAAUCUGGGCAGGAAACCAAGAUGGCAACUGUUGGUGGUGGAGCAGAGGAAGGAGAUGGACGAGUGGAGGAGGGCAAAGCAGGUCAUACAGAGUGUCCGAUGAUUCAUAUAAAACCAUUUAAGAAGUCAGCCCAGAGACACUAUCGGGACAACAAGAAGGUUAGUGAUACUGACUCAGGGGAGAUGGAUGCCGAGAGCAGAAGGUCCAGGAAACACAUGGACAGUGGAAAGAGGCAGAGACGGAAAAGUGGUGACAGGAUAGGUAGUGUGGACAGGGGCAGUAGAGGUGGAUCUAGUGAGAGCAGAAGCAGGACAAAACAUAUGGAUAAUGUGUGCAGAAGUAAUAAAGUUCUCUAUGAAAGGCCUGCCAGGGAUACAGGUGAGACAAGGCAUGAUAUCAGAAGGGACAGUAUUGAUUGUGAAAGAUCCAGAAAACGUAAAAGGGAUAGGAGUAGGAAUUCUGGGAAAUGUAGUGAUGUCAGGACAUCACAUUGGAAGGAAAGUGAGUCUUCAAAAAAAGACAAAGACAUGCCCAGGAAGGAUAGAGAAGCUUCUGAGGAUGACAUGGUCAGGAAGGAUAGUUUGUCUUCUAAGGACAAGGACAAAGAUAGUAAGGACUCACAUGACAGAAAGGUCAUCAGAGGAGAUAACAGUGAUGCAAGAGAGGGUGAAACUCCCAAGGAGCAUAAACAAAGGAAACAAAAUAAUGAUAAUUGUACAAGUAAGGCUCAAAAGAAGAAGAAGAAAAAGAAGAAAGCUCAGGAGAUCAACGAGAAGAGGAAUAAGAAGAAAGCACAGAGAAAGGAAAUGCGAGAACAAAGGAAAGCCCUGCAGAGAAAAAGAAGUAGGAGUGGGGGCCAAGGUCAUGAUGAUCAAGGUGAAGGAUGAUACGGGCAGUGAAGUAAGAAUGGUCGAGCCUGUGGAGUGGAUUGAAAGUAGAGGUGUGUAGAUAUGCUUGCUGGUAUGAUGCUUGUAUACGAGUUCCUGUUUAUCUCGAUGAUUUUCAGAGGGUAACAUUUCACAAAGUUUUAUAAUAACCUGGCCAAAUACUACUGGUGCUAGGAUUACCCUACUGCUUAUUACAAAAGAAACUUCUGGCAGACUGUAUAACAUACCACUCGAUAUUUUAUAUGGUUAUUUUAAUCACUGAUACAAAAAUUGAAUUUCACAAAAUGCCAAGAUUAGUUAAACUGAAUGACAUAUCUGAUCAUCCCUAUGAAAAUGGGAGUAGUAUACUACUAGCAUGAUAAGAACCAUGUGAAAUCAACAGUCAUGCCAUUCGAACAGAAACUAUCUGCCAGCAAGAACCUCUAGAAGCCGGGCAUGCAGGCAGACAGGUGUGUGUGUGUUUUCAAUGAUCUCAGGGAUAGUACUUCUUACUGACCUAUAAACAACAGUACAGUAUUAACAGAGUUAAUUUUGAAAAGAAUAUUAUCCACUUAUUUAUCACUCGUGGUUGCCCUGAAAUGAAUCCCAGCCAGGAAUUUGGGACCUAUAUCAACUGUGACUCUACGACAAAUUGUACCAUGUUCAACUGGACAACCCACUUAGAAAUUAGUUUCAUUUUCCAAAGGAGAAAACAAUUAUACUUCUGUUUUUGUAAAUUAUGAAAAUUAUUUAUUGCUCUCAGGCAUGUAACAAUAAAAUGUAUUUGUUUCAA